AUGCCGAAAAAGUCGGAAUGCGACUUGACACUCGAGCAAUUCGAACAAUUCUCUGAUUUAGAAGUCAAAAGACAGCGUUUUGAUGUUCGCGGCACUGAGGAGGGCCUUAGCAAUGAACCAGGUUUUUGCGACCAUGAGCCUUUCGCUCGGGCUGCGCGUAUUUAUCAGGGUAACGCGAAAGAGCAGGACAUACGUAUUGAAGAGUUGCAAAACGAAAACGUCGCGUUAAAGCAACAAAUUGCUCGUUUGCAAACACACGCGAUAGUAGCUUCGCCCGAUUGUAGCGAUGACGCUUUAAAUUUUGCUAGAAUGAUAGUACGGUCGGUUAGUUCCUACACGGACACGGAAAAAACUUUAUCUCAAAAUAUUAAUUACAUGUCGACUAAAGCCUAUAAUUUUAUGCGCGAUGACUUGAAGUUUUCACUUCCUCACAAAAAAUCGCUUUUGCGAUGGCGCCCUAUUAAAUAUGUAUCGCCGGGUAUAGAUUUUAAAGUAAUAGAAAAUUUAAAAUAUGUCGUUUCUGAAAUGUCUCCCACCGAGCGGUUUUGCGAAAUUUUAUUCGACGAAAUUUCUAUUAAAAAAGAUCUCGUUUAUAAUAAAAGUAGAGAUAUUAUUGACGGUUUCGUGGAUAUUGGCGACGGUAAUCGCGACCUCAAUGUCGCCGACAAAUGUUGUUUUUUCAUGGUGAAAGCCAUCGCGGCGGAUUGGAAAUAUGUCCUUUCCUAUUAUAUGGUAAAAGGCGGUAUGUCGGCUUCAAAUCUUUUAGAAUCCUUAACGGAAAAUAUUAAAACGGUUGAAGGCCUCGGCUUAAGCGUCAAAGCCAUCGUCUGCGAUCAAGGCCCAACCAAC